AUGGCUGUCAGAGGUACCCCUCCUGACCUCACGAAGUUCUUCACUGAGUUAGCCGUUUGCAUGGCCAAUGGGUACCCCAGGGAUGGCCAUUCCAUGUUGAAGGUCACCUCCAUCGUCCGCGCCUGCGACAGUUUGUCAUUGGUCACCCCUGCUGUUGCCAGCCUGUCCAACUUGGACAUACUGUGCAACUUCAUCUGCGAAAGCCUCCUGACAGGCACUCCAUUCAAGAUUGUGCUCCCGUUGUUGACAUCUUUCAUUAAGAUCCUCGAUGUUCCUUACUUUGACCCCAAAGAGUUGAAGAUCACUCAGGAGGCGCUCAAGAAAGCCCUCUGUACCUUGGUUCACGCUGAGGUCUUUGCGUAUCUGAGCACCAAGCCUUGGAUCAACUGCAACUUGGUGCACUCAACAUUGUGCACCAUCUACUGCAACCUUUGGGACUCCCAGCAGGGAACCCAUGCCAAGAAGGCCCUUGGCCAACCAAUCUUCCUUGCUGGGUGGUCCUGCACAAUCAGGCCCACUGCGCGACACACCAGGGUCCUGCUAUGCCAGCGCUGCUGGAAGUGGGGCCACCCUACCAUUGCCUGUUACAUGAUUGCUCGUGGACCAUACAACCAGUAUGUUCUUAGCCAUGCCAACAACGAAGACAUAAGCACCUGCAUGGGUUUUCAGGCCCUCACACAGGCAAAUACCAAGUUGUCAAAGGGAUUGAGGUUUACUGGUUGGUUCGUGAAUCUUGCAAAGAGAAUGGAGGGGCAUUGGCCCUCCAAAAUUCACAUUCUGGCGUCUGCAAAACUUAUACCCACCAUCCCAAAGCUUCACAAGCCCAUGCACAAGGCAGCACACCACCAAGUUUUUUUGCUCAACCUCAUUCACAGCAUGGGCAAGUCAGAUCUUGAAAUGCCUGAGCAGGUGUGGUCUGCUCAUAAUGCUCUCAGAAAUUCUACGAAGACUCAAGGGUCUGGGGCACAAUCUGACAACAUCAAUAACCACAUCGCAGUGUGGAAUUGGAUGAAAUACAUCAGCAUCAGGCUCUAUCUUGCAUGUAAAUUCUGCAAUUGCCUUGCUGAGCACAACAUCCAACGAGAGGGGCACCAUGGCUUUUUGCAAAUCGUAGCCUUGACGGAACCGCAAGUCCACAAAACUCUUGCUGAAGAGGAGGGGCAUUGUCUGGCUGCUGGUGGUAUCCUCCUGCAUGCUACAAGUGCUGUAUCCUUCGUGACACUGGCAUUGGAGAUUGAAGACAUCCACAUGAGACAUCACUUCCCAAGCCAUGGCUUGACAGGAGGGUGGGCUCAUCAAGCAGUGAAACCAGCUUUGUGUUCAGAUUCAGGCUUGGGACCAGUUGGUCAUGUCAACAACGCCGAGAAUGCUGAAGACAUCCAGCUCUGGCUGCCUUCUCAAGUAGAGGGCUCAGCUCGAACACAAGUUUGCUGCAGCGGUCGUCUCACCGACAUAGAGGAAAGGCUACAAAAUAGUCGAAUGGUAGCAUUCAAGAACAAGAAUAUCCAUGGUCAAAGGGAUGGUACACGGUCUCGCUCAGUCAUCAACCGUGUCCACAAGCAUGCUCAAGCUGCUGCCGAGAAGUAUCAGGCAGCGCAUCUAGCAAAAAUGGCCCUUUUGGGCCCCUGCAAAUGGGAAAUGGAGCUUCAAGAGCUCCUUGAUGCUGAUAAGACAAAUGUCUCGGUGUCUCAACCGACCACAUUUGUGAACCCGACCAAUCCGAUGACUUCACCCUCUUCAAUGAACCCCGAACACAUCGCAAUGGCAUGGGCAAGACCAGGAGGAUGCUCUUGUGGAUCUGGACAGGGCGUUCUGCAGUUAACAAGUCCACCAAAGUGA